AAAUAGUGUCGCUGUGUUCGCUGCACAACUUUGGGGCGAAAAACGGUAAACGGUUCGAUGUCAGGAGCUUUGACAAGUUUUUAGUCCGUAUUUAAAUUGAUGAAAAGAGUAAAGAGAAAAUGCCACCAUUGAAGAAGGUUGAUUUGGAGAGGAUGGCAUGGAGUUGGAUAGAAACAGUAGCACCAGAGGAAAUCGAAAAAAUUCACAUGGAGACUGCAUACCGAAUAGGAUUGAAAAAUUGUAAAAAUUGCAAACGUAAUUGCAGUCACAAUCCAUGUUGCUUGACCGGUUUAGGAGAGGAGAAGUACUUUAAGUCUCAGCCAGCAGAAGUGGCCUCACUGGAAAGUUCACUGUCAGAAUUGAGAGAUCCAACACAGUACGUUGGGCUGAAAAAUCUUGGUGCUACGUGUUACGUUAAUAGUUUAAUUCAAGUUUGGUUUCAUAAUGAGGAUAUGAGACGAAUAAUCUAUAAAUGGGACAUCACAGCUGAUCCGGAGGAGUCAGAGUCCCUCCACCGUUCCCAGUCAUUAAAGCACCCGUACCAUCCUCGAACAGUAGUAGGGCAACUCCAGUACAUCUUUGCAAUGAUGCAAUUUGGUAACAAACGCCUGUUGGACCCCACGAGCCUUGCGAUUGCCCUCUCCCUAGACACAAACGCCCAGCAGGAUGCCAGUGAAUUUUCCAAACUCCUCCUCGCACACAUCGAGAAUAAAUUGACUAGUCUUGCACUGAAGCCUCGCCUGCAACGACUGACACAGGGCACUUACAUCUACGUAAACAGAUGCUCGACUUGCUCUACAGAAUACCAAACCCCUACAACUUUCUACGAACUGGAUCUGCAACUGGCACCAACCCUGAGAGAAGCUAUGGAUAAUUACCUCAGCGAGGAGGAGCUCGUAGGGUCCAACAAAUACCACUGCCAACGCUGCAACGAAAAGCAAAAUGCCAAGAGAUUCAUCAGACUUAACUCCCUACCAGAGACUCUGAAUUUCCAACUGCUGAGGUUUGUUUUUGAUCGCGAAAGCGGACAGAAGAAGAAAGUUUCAUCGUACAUCUACUUUCCCAAUGAUCUGGAUAUGUCAGAGUAUUUGAACUGCCCCCCAGGCACUCAUUUGUACUCUUUGGUUGCUGUUUUGAGCCACAGGGGACCCUCAGCCCACUCUGGACACUAUAUUGCCUGGAUCUGUCGAUCUUCUGGGGAGUGGUACCAGUUCAGUGAUGAUUUGGUGGAAAAAACCCAAGGAAAGAGGAUUGGGGAUGGAGUUGGAGACAAUGGUAAGAGGGUACCCAAGGGUUUCCUGUCUUCCAACAAUGCUUACAUGUUAGUUUAUAAGAAGAAUUUGGAUGGAAAGGUCAAGAAACCUAUGGACAAUGGAAAAAGGAAGGAGACCAGUGACUCAGACUCUUCGGACUCCAUUUUCAGUUCUUCCAAGAAAACCAAGAAAGGGAGGAAGAAGAUCAAGGGGGUCGAUGAGGAUUUUGAUAAUCCUGUCAAGAAGUCUAGGAAAAAUGAUACACAUGAUGACAAGAAUGACAGGUGUCGAGGAGAGGAUGAUGAUGUCAAGGAGGAGGGAGAGGGGAAUUGUUCUCCCGGGGAUGGGGGGGAGACGAAUGGGGUUAAACUCACGAUGAAAGAGAAUUAUGAUAAGAAUUAUCAGAUGCUCAAUGGAGAUGCUCACAGAGCAAUGGGGUGUGGAGAGAGGGAUUAUUAUGAGGCGAUGGAGUUUCAAAAGUGGGAAGUGAGUGAAACUUUGAGGGAACUCGUUAAACAAGAGAAUGUGGCGCAUGAAUUGAGUCUUCUGGCGGUUCAGGAGGAGAAGCAGAAAAGGAUUGAGGAGAAAAAUGUUAAGAGACAGGAGGUCAUUGAUUUUUAUGAGGCCUGGGGAAGGUGUGAAGGGGUUGGUGAGAGAUUCGUCUGGAUUCCUACUAGUUUUAUCAGCAAAUGGCUUAAUGAUGAUUCUGGUGGGAAUGAGGGGGUGAGGGAGAUCGAUGUCGAGGGCGUUAUGUGUCGACAUCGGAAAAUGGAUCCUGGCAAGGUGCACAAGGCCAAGUGUGUCCCUAUGGAUGCUACGGAGAAACUCCUGGGGAAAUUCCAGAUAACAGAGAUGCUUGGGGAGGACAGCUUGUGUCUGGCAUGUGUCAGGAAGAAGUGCAAGACUAUGAGGUUUAAGAUUGAGUUGGAGAAGGAUCACAAGGAGGUGCUGGAGUAUAUGAGGAUCUUUAAGGAUUUUAAUGAAGAUAGUUACAUAAUUGGUACAGACUCAUUGAAACAUUGGAGAAAAUUAGCAAUGGAACGUUUAGAGGGUGAGACGAGUAACGAUAAUGACUCAGAGCAGACGAAUGAUCAAAAACCAAGUGACAAUCAGAAAGAGGAGAUCGAGGAGGAGUCAGAGCCCAUUAUGAAUUUCAAUGAGGACCUUCUCUGUGAACAUGGGGGACUCAGAACUCCAGAUGAUAGCAGUAGGAAAGUAAUACCAGGGGCUGCCUGGAGAAUUCUCCAAAAGUAUUUUCCAAAGGCUGCUGAGUAUCCCUCUGGUACAGAACCAUGUAUUAUUUGUGAAGAAAGAAAUGAGAGUGCUGAGAGAGUCAAGGCUGUCGAUAAAAUUAAGGGAAAACUGCAGAAGGACCAGUUGAGCCAACUUUAUCAAGGAAAAAAUAGGAAUGAAGUGAUGAAGGAAAAGAACUGCCACAAGGAGUACUUCAUUGUUGAGAAGGGAUUUUUUGAUAUUUGGAAGACUUUUGUUCGAACUGGUAAAAAUGCUCCGAGUGGUAUUAAUAAUGGACAACUACUCUGUGAGAUUCAUAAGGGCUUCCUCUACACCGCCGAACCCUCCAGUGAAUUUUAUACUAUUGUAACAGAGGAAGAGUGGGGUAAAUUAACGGAAUUUUACCAGUCGGAUUAUGCAAUUAAGAUAGUCAAUUUAGGAACUGAUGAGGCUAAGCUGAAGACGGAUCCUGAUGAAUGCCACGAGUGUAUGCAGGCGAGGAUCGAGCAGGAGCGUCUAGAUACAUUAAAUUAUGAUAAAGCAACGAUAUACAUUAAGUGCAUAGACGAAGGAGAUGAUAAUGACAGUACUGUGAAGAGUUCGAGGUGUUCUAGAACAAGGAGAAGAGCUAAAGGAUCGCACGAGUUAAAAGUGUCAUCUCAAAUAACCCUGAAAGAGCUCAAAGUAAUGACAAUGGGAAUUUUUAAGGCUCCACCUUUUGAUCAACAUCUGAUGCUGGAUGAGCGUGAAUUGACUGGAUCAGAUCAGACUCUAGCUUCCCUCGGUGUUUAUCCUGAAGCACUACUCAAACUCAAGGUUGAUUCUGUACCAGACAAUGAUGUGGAUUUUGAGUCAGACUCGGCGAGUCGUGAAGCACCAUCACCAGAGAAGGGCUUCAAGGGAACUGGACUGGUGCCCAGCUGAUUCCCCCUGGAAGAGGAGUUCUGAAUAGUCACCCGGAAAACGCAAAUCUCUCGACAAAGAAAAUAUUUUUCUAUGAUUAGUAGGUAAACUCUUUAUUACGAAAAAUUGAAAAGAAAAAAAAAAUAAU